AUGGAGGAACGACAACUAACAAUGAUUGUCUGUGCAGGUCGUGGUGCCCCUCUCGCAAAGGUCGUCUUCCGCCAUCCCUACCGAUUCAAGCAGGUCACCGAGACCUUCAUCGCCAACGAGGGCAUGUACACUGGCCAGUUCAUCUACGCCGGAAAGAAGGCUGCUCUCACCGUUGGUAACGUCCUUCCCCUCGGUGAGAUGCCCGAGGGUACCGUUGUCUCCAACGUCGAAGAGAAGAUUGGCGACCGUGGCACUCUCGGCCGUACUUCCGGCAACUACAUCACCAUUGUCGGCCACAACCCUGAUGAGGGCAAGACCCGCAUCAAGCUUCCCUCCGGUGCCAAGAAGGUCGUCCACUCCGGCUCUCGAGGAAUGAUUGGUAUCGUCGCUGGCGGUGGCCGAACCGACAAGCCUCUCCUCAAGGCUUCUCGUGCCAAGCACAAGUUCGCCGUCAAGCGCAACAGCUGGCCCAAGACUCGUGGUGUUGCCAUGAACCCCGUCGACCAUCCUCACGGUGGUGGUAACCAUCAACAUAUUGGUAAGGCUUCUACCAUCUCCCGAUACGCCGCCCAGGGUCAAAAGGCCGGUCUUAUUGCCGCCAGAAGGACGGGUCUCCUCCGUGGUACCCAGAAGACAAAGGAGUAA